AUGGGGAUAUGCACAUCAAAAAAAAAAGUGGAUGAGAACAUUUAAAUAGUACCCUACAAGUAUGUUAAUGAAUCAUUUAUUUGUUAGAGUUUGCUUAACUGCAUUCAUUUGGAAUAAAGAAAGUCAUAAUUUAUUCGAUUUUGAGAGCAAUUAGGCUGCUAAAAAGGAAAUAGAAUUAGAUUUUUCAGGUAAGUAUUAGUCAAAAUAAUUAGCAACUCUUUCAAUGGUGGACAACUAAAUUAUCGCAUUGACAGAUAAUGUAUAAAAUUCUCACUAUUAUAAAACAGGAAUAUGUAAAUAAAUAAAUACAAUUGCUCAGAGUUGAUUGCGAAUAAAAUUACAUGAUGUUGUCUGGCAUGAGUCAAAAAUCAGAUCAAAGAGUAUGGGCUAUAUUAUGUAAUCGACCCGAUUUUGAAUCAUUGAAUGUAAUCAUCAACUUAAAUAAUAAGGAAUGGGAACUCUAAAAGGGAGAUAUGAUUAAAUUAGGAAGAAUGAAAUUGCAGCUCCUGGAAAUCAAUUAUGAUAUUGAUGCUCUACAGUAAUAAAAAGAAUAAGCAGAAGAGGAUGAUGAAUAAUAAUCUAAAGAUUUAGAACUUGAAGCAAGCCAAUGCAGAAUUUGUUUCAGUAAGAGUGGUUCCUUCUCUAAUCCUCUCUUUAGUCCUUGCAAAUGUAAUAUUCACUAUUAUUUAGAUCAGGUACCGGCUCUAUGAAAUAUGUCCAUCUUAAUUGUCUAUAAAUUUGGAUUCAGUAAUCAAUUAAAAUUAAAAAUCAGCAUUCGUCAAUUCAAUACAUUUGGAAGAAAAUGGAAUGCGAAAUUUGUAAGAUGCAGCUUUAAAGCACUUACACAUACUAGGGUCAAAUAUUUUGCAUUAUGUAAAUACAAAAACCAGUUGUUCCUUAUGUUGUCUGGAAAAUAACAUCAGAUGGUAGAUCUAAAGAAGGCAUUAUCCAAGUCAUGGAAUUGCUAGAUAAAUAAGAAAUAAAAAUUGGUAGAGUACCUGAUUGUGAUAUCAAAUUGAAGGAUAUUUCUGUUUCGAGAAGUCACGCUAUCAUUAAAGUUAUGAAAUCAGAGGAUAAUAGAUAUAAAUUACUCCUGUAGGAUAAUAACUCAAAAUUUGGAACUUUAUUACAUGCUUAAUCAGAGAGACUUCUACGAUAUGAAUUGUAAUACCCAUAAAAAGUUCUCUAUCAAAUUGGCAGAGUACUUCUUUAUGUUUAAUUAAAAGAAAAAGGCAAAUCUUAUAAUAAAUAGUACUCCUAAUCUUUUAUCUUAGAUUUACUUGUUAUAGGCAUCCAAAUUAAAUUGAAGUUUUACCCAAAAAAAACAUUAAUGAAUAAGCUACUAUUGUUCCCAAUCUUGAAAAAGAUAAAGACAAUUAACUAUCAUUCUAAACAUAUAAUGAAUUAAAUCAGGAUGACAUAGUUAUUAAUGUCAAAUAAAUAUGA